CAUCACCAAUGACGUCAGACUUCUUGGCCCAGAAUCAAUGAAGAGAACAUCCGCUAUAGUCUCUUCCUCGCCUCAUGUUACAAGAUUUUGUACGCAGACAUUUAACUUAAUUGUCAUUGUGUGAUGGGACAUAUCAAAUUUGGAGCAAAUACGUUUUAAUUUUAGAUUAGUACAUGGUUUCCAUAAGGGUUUGAUCAAAUUCAAACCCAGUCUAGAUCCUAAAAGGAUGGUUUCUCUUUUGAUGGUAACCGGAACUCCGCACCAGAUAAAAUCUCAAAUUAGGGAUUUGUUUUUCUUUUGGUAAUAUAGAAAACCACUAUUCUAAUCCGUUCACCGGAGAAGAUGUCGUGGCGUCUGAAGAGUCAGCGGCGAUGAACGGUGGGAUAUUGGCCACGUGUACGACUCGUGUUCCCAGAACAUUACCAUAAAUCGACGAUACAUCAUCGAUCGGUCAAUCCAUGGCGGAGAAGCAUUUUAAAUACGUGAUCCUCGGCGGUGGCGUUUCUGCUGGAUAUGCAGCUAGGGAGUUUGCCAAGCAAGGGGUUAAGCCAGGGGAACUGGCAAUUAUUUCCAAAGAGGCGGUUGCUCCUUAUGAACGUCCUGCGCUUAGCAAAGCCUACCUAUUUCCUGAGGGAGCUGCAAGACUUCCUGGAUUUCAUGUUUGUGUUGGAAGCGGAGGAGAGAGACUUCUUCCUGAGUGGUAUAAAGAGAAAGGUAUAGAAUUGAUCCUUAGUACAGAAAUAGUGAAAGCAGAUCUUGCAUCCAAAACUCUGAUAAGUGCAGCUGGAGAAACCUUUAAGUAUCACAUCUUGAUUAUUGCAACUGGUUCAACGGUCAUAAGGUUAACUGACUUUCGUGUAGAAGGAGCUGAUGCAAAAAAUAUCUUAUACUUGAGAGAAAUCAAUGAUGCUGACAAGCUUAUAGAUGUAAUAAAGGCCAAAAAGAAUGGAAAGGCUGUGAUUGUUGGAGGGGGGUACAUUGGUCUCGAGCUUAGUGCAGUGAUGAAAAUCAACAACUUAGAUGUUUGCAUGGUUUAUCCAGAACCAUGGUGCAUGCCUCGGCUUUUCACUGCUGGUAUAGCUGCUUUUUAUGAGGGUUAUUAUGCUAAUAAAGGAAUCAAAAUUAUCAAGGGAACAGUAGCAGUUGGGUUUACCUCUGAUGCAAAUGGAGAGGUAAAGGAAGUGAAACUUAAGGAUGGUAGGGUGCUGGAAGCUGACAUUGUUGUUGUUGGUGUUGGUGGAAGACCCCUUACAACAUUAUUCAAAGGACAGGUGGAAGAGGAGAAAGGUGGAAUUAAGACUGAUGAAUUCUUCAAAACAAGUGUUCCUGAUGUAUAUGCUGUGGGAGAUGUUGCUACUUUCCCACUGAAAUUGUACAAUGAAAUUAGAAGAGUUGAACAUGUCGACCAUGCCCGGAAAUCAGCUGAGCAAGCUGUCAAGGCAAUCAAGGCAAGUGAGGAAGGGAAAUCAGUUGAGGAGUAUGACUACCUUCCAUACUUCUACUCUCGUGCCUUUGAUCUGUCCUGGCAGUUCUAUGGUGACAAUGUGGGUGAAACAGUGCUAUUUGGAGACAAUAAUCCAGCAUCACCAAAGGCCAAGUUUGGAACCUAUUGGAUCAAAGAUGGGAAAGUGGUGGGAGCAUUUCUGGAGGGUGGGACUCCUGAAGAGAACACGGCUAUUGCCAAAGUUGCAAGGCUCCAACCUGCAGUUGAGAAUCUGGAUCAACUGACUAAGGAAGGUCUCACCUUUGCCUGUAAGAUUUGAGAUCCUCCAGAAUAUGGGGGACAAAAUGAAUGAAUCUGGAUGGUUUUUUUUUUUUUUUCGCUGGCUUGUUCUGUUGGUCUGCUUGGGGUUGUUUAGAAUGAGGAUUGUUCAUAGCAGUUCCCUUCAGGGCUGUUAUGUGAUCUAAAUUCUAAUCGUUGGUAUGAUAUAAGAUUCACCUUGUCAUAA